AUGGCUGUUCUACAAUUUAUUUCAUCUGGUCUGCCGAAAGUUCUCUGUCCAACGACGAUUCAUUGUGAUCAUUUGAUUGAAGCUCAAACCGGUGGUGAAAAAGAUAUGCAACGUGCAAAAGAUAUAAACAAAGAAGUAUACAACUUUUUGGCUACUGCCUGUGCUAAAUACAAUAUUGGCUUUUGGAAACCGGGUAGUGGUAUUAUUCAUCAAAUUAUUCUCGAAAAUUAUGCCCAUCCGGGUUUAUUACUAAUCGGUACGGAUAGUCAUACACCAAAUGGUGGUGGUUUGGGUGGUUUGUGUAUCGGUGUUGGUGGUGCUGAUGCAGUCGAUGUCAUGGCCAAUAUGCCCUGGGAAGUUAUCGGUGUGCGAUUGUUGGGUCAAUUGAAUGAAUGGUCGUCGCCGAAAGAUGUUAUCUUGGCAUUAGCCGGUAUUUUGACAGUUCAAGGUGGUACCGGAGCAAUAAUUGAAUAUUUUGGGCCGGGUGUCGAAUCGAUUUCGUGUACAGGUAUGGGUACAAUUUGUAAUAUGGGUGCUGAAAUUGGUGCGACAACAUCGAUCUUUCCCUACAAUUCACGUAUGAGCGAGUUUCUCAAGGCCACCAAUCGUGAAGAUGUUGCUAUAUUGGCUGACAAAUAUAAAGAUAGUUUAUUGACAGCAGAUAAAGAUGCACGAUACGAUCGAGUGAUUAGUAUCAAUCUAUCGGAGCUGGAACCUCAUAUAAACGGUCCAUUUACACCCGAUCGGGUUCAUUUGAUCGAUCAAUUGGGUGAAGAAGCUGUUAAAAACGGUUGGCCAACCGAAAUUAGUGUUGGUCUUAUUGGUAGUUGUACAAAUAGUUCUUACGAAGAUAUGACUCGUGCGGCAAGUAUUGCUCAGCAAGCCAUCGAUAAAGGUAUUAAAGCCAAGUGCGAGUUUAUUGUUACUCCCGGUUCGGAACAAAUUCGUGCAACAAUCGAACGCGAUGGCGUUGCGGAGAAACUUCGUGCCAUAGGUGGUGUAAUCUUGGCCAAUGCUUGUGGUCCAUGUAUCGGUCAAUGGGAUCGAAAAGAUGUGAAGAAAAACGAGAAGAAUACUAUAAUCUGUUCAUAUAAUCGUAAUUUUCCUGGACGAAAUGAUGGCAAUCCAUAUACACAUGCCUUUGUCACUUCACCGGAACUCGUUACAGCAAUGGUUCUUGCAGCUGAUCUUCGCUUCAAUCCUCUUACUGAUUCAUUAACAGCUGCCGAUGGAUCGAAAUUCAAACUUCAAUCACCGUACGGGGAUACACUUCCAGCGAAAGGUUUUGAUCCAGGUGUUGAUAAUUAUCAAGAACCACCAAAAGAUGGCUCAUCAUUGGUAGUUGAUGUUGAUCCGAAAAGUGAUCGUUUACAAUUACUUGAACCCUUCGAACCCUGGGAUGGCAAAGAUCUUGUCGAUAUGCCAGUUCUAAUUAAGAUCAAGGGCAAAUGCACAACUGAUCAUAUUAGUCCUGCCGGUGUCUGGCUCAAAUAUCGUGGUCAUUUAGAUAAUAUUUCGAAUAAUAUGCUCAUUUGUGCCAUCAAUGAGGAGAAUGGCGAAUCAAAUAAUGUUCAAAAUAUACUAACUAAUCAGUGGGGUAAAGUACCAGAUACGGCUCGUUAUUAUAAAAGUAAAAAUAUCCCAUGGGUUGUGAUCGGUGAUAAUAAUUAUGGUGAAGGUAGCAGUCGUGAACAUGCUGCACUCGAACCACGUCAUUUGGGAGGUCGAGCCAUUAUUGUCAAAAGUUUUGCUCGUAUUCAUGAAACAAAUCUGAAAAAACAAGGUAUGUUGGCUUUAACAUUCGAUAAUCCGAAUGAUUAUACUAAGAUUAAACCAACUGAUCGAAUCUCGUUGAUUGAUUUGGAAUCAUUCGCAUCUGAUAAGCCAAUUGAAUGUCGUAUAAAGCAUCUCGAUGGUGAAACGGAAACAAUUAAAUUGAAUCAUACAUUUAAUGAAGCACAAAUUGAAUGGUACAAAGCUGGAUCGGCCUUGAACGCCAUGAGAACCUAUUUUGCUUCAAAUCAAGUAGAAUCGAACAAUAUCAAUUCGUCAAUAAACACAUAG